GACCCCGAGCUGCUGACUUUCGGAUCGAUACAACGCUCACUGCAAUACUGCAAACUCUCUUCAUUUUCUCUCGACUUGCGUCAAAGAUUUCACCCUUGAUCGACGGCUGAGAUGGCUCCUGAGAUGGCGAACGGCAAGAAGAACGGUGGAUAUUCCAAGAGGGCCUAUGUGACCUUCUUGGCGGGCGAUGGCGACUACAUUAAAGGGGCGGUGGGAUUAGCCAAAGGCUUAAGAAAGGUUAAAACUGCUUAUCCUUUAAUUGUGGCGGUUUUGCCUGAUGUUCCCGAGGAACAUAGGCGGAUUUUGAGGUCACAAGGCUGUAUUGUUAGAGAGAUUGAGCCUAUUUAUCCGCCGGAAAACCAGACGCAGUUUGCUAUGGCGUACUACGUCAUCAAUUAUUCGAAGCUGAGGAUAUGGGAGUAUGAAGAGUACAGCAAGAUGAUGUACCUGGACGCUGAUAUUCAAGUUUUCGAGAACAUCGAUCACCUCUUUGACCUCCCGAAUGGCUACUUCUAUGCUGUGAUGGAUUGCUUUUGUGAGAAAACAUGGAGUCACACUCCUCAGUACAAGAUUGAGUAUUGCCAACAGUGCCCAGACAGGGUUCAAUGGCCGUCUCACCUUGGUGACCCACCUUCUCUCUAUUUCAAUGCCGGAAUGUUUGUCUUUGAGCCGAGCAAGCUCACCUAUGAAAACCUUCUCCAAACUCUGCAAGUCACCACACCCACUCCGUUUGCCGAACAGGACUUCUUGAACAUGUUCUUCAAGGAUGUUUACAAGCCCAUUCCUCUGGUUUACAACCUGGUUAUGGCCAUGUUGUGGCGCCACCCCGAAAACGUGGACCUGGAGACGGUCAAGGUCGUUCACUACUGUGCAGCGGGUUCGAAGCCAUGGAGGUACACCGGCAAGGAAGAGAACAUGCAGAGAGAAGACAUUAAGGUGCUGGUUAAGAAAUGGGGGGACAUCUACAACGAUGAGUCCCUCGAUUUCAAGGGCGAACCGCUCUUGGCCCCCGAUUUACAGCAGCCCCAGCAACCAGCAGGCCAUGCUUUCUAUGUGGCAGCCAUGGCAGAGGCCGCCCCUGUCCAGUUCAUCCCGGCCCCCUCGGCAGCGUGAUGAGAGAGAAAGAGAGUCGUGUCGUGCAUAUUGCAGGUGUUAUGUGAAAAGUGGUGCAUGCUUGCAGAUGCGGUUUGAGAAUUCAUCGCGGCCCUUUUAAUAGUGCUGAGCUGAUGAUGGACUUUUGCUCUCUUUUGAUUUUGGAUCUUCUUUUGUGUGAUGAAAAGAUUAUUACUUGUUAGUGGGGAAUGUAAAUUUUCUAAACCCUCGUGAAAUAUAUAUGACACUAUAUGGAUAUGUGUAUGGAGUGGAGUGAAUGCAAUUAUAGGCUGAAGCGGUUACCGGUACUUUGGAAUUAUUUUCUUCGAUCCGUCAAA